ACCAUAAGAACCUUUCAUGCUUAGGAUCCGCAUUCAUUGCUGCAAGCACUUCUCCUCCACCUCUCUCCUCUUCCAAUCUGGCAUUGGUCGUAACUCCCAGCCCCUGACAUGGUUUCCGAGAUCAAGUUCACGUCCUUCGGGAUCCCAUAUCUCGUUGAAUUUGCCAACGUCAAGUUCCGCGCCGCCUUGAAGCGUAGGUCUGCUCACCUGAGACCUAGUCGGAGCCGCUCCUCCUCCAGUAGCGCGAGUAGUGGCAGCAGCAAUAGCAGCGGCUACGUCAGCGUUGAAGCUUCGCUAGCUACUGCGUCCUCCGAAACUCUCGUAUACUCGGACGAGCGUGAUGGCGAAGGGUUAUACAUCCAGUUCGCUUCACGUCAAACGGACGCACCACGACCAUUGUCAGAGACGCGCCUCGCUCGCUUGAAGCAUCGAAUCGCGAACGCGGUCCUUGCGGCCGGAAUGGACACCCCUGUGGCAUCGGAUGUGUCUGAUCCUAUGGGUCAAGUCAUCCACCGACUGUCACAGAGAUUCGAGAAGCAAUCUCAUCACUCUCCGAGCUCGUUCUAUCGUGGGACGUAUGGUCAAGUUAUCGGUGCUCUCCAGUCGGCCGGUCUGACUAUCACUCCUUGCAAAGCCUCCGGACUUGAAGAUGCUCAAAGACUCGGUUCUCUCUUCGUUGCGAAUCAUACGGAAUUAGGCACCGUUGAGCUGACGAAGCUAACACUGUGGGCUUGAUGUCCUCCCUAGUGUGAUGCACCAUUCAAACCUGCGAUUUGCAUUUGUCUUGAUACAGGCCAAGUCCAGCACUCUAUUUAUGGAGGAGAGCAAUAAAGACUUUUCGGGUUGUGGAGUUAUUGCGGUUGGCAUAUCUUUAUCGUAUUCUUAUCCGGUUCACCAUAUCAUCGCAAGGCCAAUGAUAGCAUAGGUGUUCCUGACGUGAAGUCUUAUAUAGAGCUAUAUGUAUAAAUACAACAUUCGUGUACAUUACAUGGACAGAUCCUUGGAAACCAAUCUCAGCGUGCAAUUAUCUUCCU